AUGAAUGAUGAAGACUGCAGCACCAUCUAUGACAGAAUCCCAAAAGAGAGGGCAUAUGAGGAUUCGGACCAGCCAGCAGAAAACGGAGGUCCCCUUUACAAUGGUGUCCAUGAAUACUUGAAGGCAGAAGACAAUUUAUGUGCCACUGAGUUGGAAACCCAUGGGUAUGACUCUGUGGCCAUUUAUGCUGUUGUUGGUCAGAAGGGCACCUCAGCCUCUUUUCAGCGAGAAACAGGAGAAUACCUCCUGCCCAAAAAAGUAUAUCCUGAGGCUCAGCAUCCUCAACCUGGGGAGCCCCAGGAGAAUGGAAAUGAGAUGGAAGCAGAUCUGCCUUCUCCUUCCAGCUUCACCAUCCAGCAUAGCAGAGCCUUCUCCGCCAGCCAGAACUCCCCUACCAGCUAUUCUGAUGAUGAUGUUUCAGAAGAAAACGAAUCAGCUUCCACUAACCCUGAGGUUAACCUCUUUGUGAAGGCUGGAAUCGAUGGGGAAAGCAUCGGCAACUGUCCCUUCUCUCAGCGCCUCUUUAUGAUCCUCUGGCUGAAAGGAGUUGUGUUCAAUGUCACCACUGUGGAUCUGAAAAGAAAGCCAGCCGACCUGCACAACCUCGCCCCUGGCACCCAUCCACCCUUCCUGACCUUCAACGGGGACGUGAAGACGGACGUCAAUAAGAUCGAGGAAUUCCUAGAGGAGACUUUGACCCCUGAAAAGUACCCCAAACUGGCUGCGAAGCACCGGGAAUCCAACACAGCGGGCAUCGACAUCUUCUCCAAGUUCUCCGCCUACAUCAAAAACACAAAGCAGCAGAACAACGCUGCCCUUGAGCGAGGCCUGACCAAGGCACUGAAGAAACUGGAUGACUACCUGAACACCCCUCUGCCGGAGGAGAUCGACUCCAACACUCGCGGGGACGAAGACAAGGGCUCCCGGCGCAAGUUCCUGGAUGGCGACGAGCUGACCCUGGCCGACUGCAACCUGCUGCCCAAGCUCCAUGUGGUCAAGACUGUGGCCAAGAAAUACCGCAACUACGAUUUCCCGGCUGAGAUGACGGGCUUGUGGCGGUACCUUAAGAAUGCCUACGCCCGGGACGAGUUCACCAACACCUGCGCGGCCGACAGUGAGAUUGAGUUGGCCUAUGCGGAUGUGGCCAAGCGCCUCAGCCGAUCCUGA